AUGUCUAUACUAGCUAUACUUAGCUAUACAAAUACGUUGGAAGAACUUGGACUAACGAUUGAAUUCAAGUGUGCUCAUAGACAUACCGCUUCCUCGUGUUCAUACCGUUUUUCGCUGAGUGGUAUAAUUGAUUUUUUCAAGACGUAUAUUGAUACGCGCUUUUACACCGGCCACAAGUUGGAUUUCAAACAACACAGUUGUGCCGGCGGCCCUGUGUCCGGUGGUGGCGUCGUCGGCAAUACCAUCUCGAAUUCCCUUCAGGUGCAUCACGUACAUCAGCCUCAUUUGUCUACUAGUAAUCCGUCUGCCCAUUUACCACCGCAUCAUUCUCUCUUGCAUCCACAUCACGCCGGUACCGCUGCCGUAUCGCACGCAGCCGUCCAAGCUCACGCCGUCGGCUUAUCGCAUAGCGGUUUACCGCCCAUAGGACAACAGCAGCAGCAGCAGCAAUCAGUUUCAGUAGCACCGACCGCACAACAACAGCCUUCACACCAGCAGCAACAACAAUCGGCGCAGGCACAAGCCCAACAGUUACAUACACCAACUUCCGUCGGUUGUGCGACCAGUAACGGCAGCGCCACCUCCGGUAGUGGCAGCAGUGCCAUCGGCUCGAAUUCCGUAUCGUCGUUGGUCAUUGGCAACGGACCCGGUUCGGGUGGUAAUAACGUCCAUCCGAUUUCGUCGGUGGCCACAUCUGUUUCAACGGCUUCUUCCAUACCUCACAUCGUUCCACCCAGCCUGGGACUGAGUCCACAAUCCAGUGCAGACUCCCAACAGUUUAAUAUAUUUCCGGCUAUAUUUAGUCGACAACUCAAUUUCACUGCGGGUACUUGCGGCCAAAGCAAACUUUCAAUGGAUGAACUGCGUCCGAAUUUGGUUGGCGGUUUGUUGGGCUUGCAACAAGGCUUAUUAGAUGACCAUGCGGCGAAUAUGCAGCAUGCUGGUGUAUCUCAAGAUACGAAAUUCAUGUCAUUUCAAGAUAAUCGGUUAAUGGGCAUUACUUCCUCGCAUGAGAACCGUUUACUCGGCCUAACUUCAUCGAUGCAAGAUACUCGUUCCCCACUCACAUCCAUCGACAAGGGCUCGCUUAAUCACCAACGCAAAUGCAGUAGUACACCCGAAGACUUUAGCUCAUUGUACUCCGGCUUGCCCACACCUGGCAUGGACACGUCUUCGCACCAUCACACACCCGCGCACACGCCACCAACGCGACUUUCUGACCAUUCGAUAUCCGCGGAAGGUGCAUUUAAGAAGCUCAAGCCCGAACCUAAUACGGGACUCUCGUCUGUUUCCGGCGGUGUCACGUCGCCCGGAAAUGGUUUAUCUUCGUUAAGUCAACAUGCCGGCCAUACACCGACCACAGCAUCCUGCCCGACUCCAGCGAGACGAAGACAUCGGACGACGUUUACACAGGAGCAACUAGCCGAGCUGGAGGCAGCAUUUGCAAAAUCACAUUACCCGGACAUUUACUGCAGAGAGGAACUGGCACGAACGACGAAGCUGAAUGAAGCACGAAUACAAGUUUGGUUUCAAAAUCGACGCGCAAAAUACCGAAAACAGGAAAAACAGCUGCAGAAAGCUUUAGCUCCAUCUGUGAUCCCCUCCUGCAAUGGUAUGAUGAGGAAUAUUCAAGGAUAUGGUGUAUCACGUGGUUACCAGCCCUAUCCACAUCAUAAUUCGAUAAAUCGAUAUCCACAGGACUUAUUUCAAAUGGGCGCUUCCUCAUAUCCUGGCAUGACACAACCUUUCACAAUGACGCAUGGCAGCAAUAUGGGUUCCGUGGGGGUGCGGCAAGAUUCAAUGGGUAUGUCACCGGAGGAUGAAUGGUACAACAAAAGCUUAUCAGCCUUACGCAUGAACAGUUCGCACCAUCCUAACUUAUCCGCGCCAAUGCUGCAAUAUCAAACAUAAUCGAAGACUUUUGACGACUUCUUUUAAAAUACAAAUAUGGAGCUAUGAAAUGAAAAUUGGGAUCCUGGUUCUCUGGGUUAUUCAAUAUUUGUAUUUUAAAGGAAUGCCGUCAAGUGAUGAAUUACUAAUGUAUGUAGGUAGAAUAUGGACAGUGUCACCCAUGUCAGGUGCAAGUUUGUUAAACGUUUUUUAAAACAAAUCGCAAUAUCAAAAAUAGCAUGAUCAAAUGGAAAGUGAAAAAAUAAUUUAUAAGUCCCAAAACAAAAGAAAGUGUAUAUUAUGUAUGAUUAAUUGUGACAAUGUGAAUGUUGUGUACAUAUACCUAAGCAUAAAGCUAAGGUGCGUAUUGAAAUCAUAGAACCUAAAAAUGGAUUUCUACAUACAUACAUAUAUUCUAAAUAUGAUAUUGGCCAAGUUUUUUUGAAUUUAAUGUGCAUCUUCAGUAAUUUUUGAAAGUAUUUUACUGCGAUAAAGUUAAGAUUAGAAGUAAAAUGACUCUGGUGCUUGAUCCUUUCAUUAUUUUUUUUUUUGUCGUUGAUUUUCUUUUUGUAAAAAACACUUUUCUUCACAUUGGCUCUCAUUUUUUAUGUAAGAUCUAUUAUAUCCAAGAUUUAUUCCUGAAAGGGAAAUUCAUUUUUUUGGUAAUAAUUUAAAUAUUUAAUUUAGAUUACUAUAUAUGAUUAAUUUAGGUCAUUUGAAAAAGGUCACCGCGAUCAGCGCUGUUUUGCUUGAUGUUGUCAGUUGUGACACACUUCAGUAGAGAUUUGUAGUUAAAAAUUUCAUUGACACACAUAUGUAUAUCGGGUCUCCUUUUUAGUCAGUCUCAUUUAAAGACGUGCUUACAUGACGUUUAUAUUUGACAACUUUCAUUAUUGUACGCUGAACAGGGUAUAUCAAGUUUGUAACACCCAGAAGGAAGCGUCGGAGACCCUAUAAAGUAUA